ACGUGCCGUCAUCUACCAGAAAAACGGAAAAACAUUCAAGUGAACUGCGAACGAGAAAAGUUCGCGCAUCUUGCAAUCUUGGUAAACUGAGCGCGCCGUUGCCGUGACAGUUUGUUUAGGAGUUAUGUUUAGUUGUGUGGUUAGGAUGAUAGAAAGUUCUUGUCGCUAAAGCACUUAAAUUAACGCUGCCGGCUUUACUAUGAACACACUUGUCAGCAUUGUGAUUGCUGCCUUCGCUGCGGCUUUCGCGAUUUUUCACACUUAUCCCGCUCCGCCAAAAUCGCCGCUACUCUACCAGUGGGAGAAAGAAGACGGCGGUUCGUACUUCAAGUUCCAAGACUAUGACAUAUUCUUUAAAGAUGUCAAGGGCAAUGCAGAAAACAAGGACGUUUUACUCUGUCUUCAUGGCUUUCCAACAGCUAGCUUUGACUAUUACUUGGUCCUGCCAUCGCUACGAAAAAUAUUUGGAAGGAUUGUGCUGUUUGAUUUUCUGGGACUGGGCUACAGUGAUAAGCCAAGGUUUCACACUUACUCCAUCUUUGAACAAGCCAACAUUACAGAAGCCCUUGUAAAGAAGUUGGGCUUGCACAAGGUGCAUGUCUUAGCUCAUGAUAUAGGAGACACAGUGGCCCAGGAACUUCUUGCCAGGCAACAGGAAGGUGUCCUUCCAUUUGAAAUUUCGACUUUGUGUAUGAUGAAUGGUGGUGUUUUGCCUCAGCAUCAUCAUCCAAGAUGGUCUCAAAAGAUCUUGAGGAUGCCUGUGAUUGGUGUUGUGGCUUCAAGGUUCAUGAAUCACCUGGUCUUCAGAAUAGCGUUGGCUGAUGUGUUUGGUCCCAACACUAAACCCACGGCUACGGAUAUUCACAAUUACUGGCAUUUAGCUCGGCUGAAAGAUGGCUACCGGGUGUUUGGCUUGCUCCUCUCGUACAUUGACGAAAGGUUUGAAAACGAAGAGAGGUGGGUCGGAGCACUCCAGAAGUCAGCUCCCAAAGUCCUCAUGAUAUACGGCCCAGCUGAUCCUGUGAACAAGCCACCAUUCCACGAGCACUACAGGAAACUGGUUCCCGGCUCUAGAAUUCACAUUCUGCACGAACACGUCGGCCAUUACGUGCACCUCGAAGCUCCCAAGGAAGUGGUUGCGGGCUACUUACCGUUCCUGGAGUCCCACGGUGUCAAAACGAAGACCAUAUCUGUCGCACUCCCUGACAGGUUGUUGUAGGCCAACUUCCAUUUUUAUACCACCUGAAUGGCACUUUUGCUGUACUGAUCCUCUUUUUGUUCACCCGUUCGUAGGCUCAGAAUGGUACAAAUUGCUAACAGUAAUCUCAUAGCAAUGCAUUCUACCAGAACUUUCUGUGAUAUUCUCUCCACUGUGCCUUAGACCUACCACUUUGCCUGGUCAUGUUAUCUUAGACACUCUGAUCAAAACAGAAGUCAAAAGGAAAUGUUAUUGCCCAAGGAGUGACACUAGCCUUCAACAUUGUUUUUAGAUUACUACUUCAUGCUUGCCUUCUAUAUGGCAUUUCAAAGGCUUUUUUUAAAGCGUGCUAACCAGUGAAAAAGAUAACAGUUUUAAGUAAGCAGACACACUAUGCAACGCAGCUGCAGUGAUGUAGCCAGUGCUCACACAAAGAAGUACUUUUCAGAUUGAAGGUUACUUGCAGCAAAGUAGACUGUACUAUACUCUGCAACAAAUUUUGAGUAUCGGAGUGCCUAAAAUUUCAAAGAAAAAGGAAACUUUUAUAUUCAUUUGUGAAAGCAGUGAUGUAGCUUAACAUUCAUCCGUGCACUGCAGAAGGAAUUUGGCGACUAGGUAAAAUGGUGCAAGUUUUCGACAACAACUUUAAGCAUUCCAGUUUUGUUUUUGUUGGCGUUAGCACAAUGUGGUCUUAACAAGUACUGCCUACAAGUUAGGAUUACUUGACUCAUACUCACUAUGCAUCAAUUCCACUAAGUAUGACCAACUUUUGUUUAGUACAUGGUUGUUAUUCAGGACCUGGGCUAUGCAUACCUCCAGAAUGAACGCACUGGUAGGAUUAUUUUUAAAUUUUGACUAAUGAAAACUAAGUUUUCAAGACUUGCAUGUGCUCAUAUUGAAGAGUUGUGUGGACUCAUUUUCUCAUUGUCAUCAGCAUUGUCAUAAGCCAUGUUUACUCACAAGGAUAUCUUGGGCUUGUGCGACUGUUUUGCCAACAGACCAAUCAUUGGUCAGGACGUGCAGUUAAGAAGCAUUAAGACACUGCUAAGCCUCAAUUGCUCUGAGUUAAAGCUGUAAACACGAUGCUUCAUUUUUUUUCAGUUUUUCUUGUUUUUGUUAGUUUUUGAGAAAGAAUUGAGAGCCAAAAUAGAGAAUAUGUUCCCAAUAGUCACUAGGUAAUUGCUGUUUUACAUACAGCACUUUCAUUCAAAUCAGUGCAUUGGUUGCCUUUGUGCGUCUUUUUUUAUUAUUAUUAUUAUUUAAGGCACAAUCCAAGCACUUAUGUUACAUUCUGCGUAAUCUAAUUUAAAAAAAAAGGAAUUUAUUUGCUCUAGUAAGUGCAGUUUAAACCUUUGGUACAAGUGUAAAAUUAGUAUCAGAACAGCAUUUUUCUUUUAAACAUUGCACGAGUAUGAAUGUAAUUUUUGUUGCUGCAAAAUCAGAGUUGCAUGUUGUAUGCUUUCUCUAUUCACUUGUAAGUCAAAGAGAAAAUUCAGCUAGUUAAUUCAUAGUUGGUCCUCUGUUUGCUGCAAGAUAUGCCGAAAUAAAGAGGAGUAAUAAUA